AUGGAAUCUCAAACAGAGACAACCCAGACGCCGCCGAGCGUUGAGGAGAAAGCACCCUCCACCGAUCCCGAAUUGGGACAGGAAAAGUUCCAAACAGAUGACGAGACGAAACCUGAGUUCGACCCUCCCCCUGACGGCGGCCUCCAGGCCUGGCUUGUGACCGUUGGCGCAGCGUGCAUAACGUUUUCAGCCUUGGGGUUCGUCAAUGCGUUCGGGGUUUUUGAAGAAUACUACUUGACACAUCAAUUGACGGACAAGUCACCAGACGAUAUCGCCUGGAUUGGAUCAAUCGCAGCUUUCCUCCAAUUUGCCGUCGGAGCAGUCGCGGGGCCAAUAUUUGAUCGAUAUGGCAUCUGGAUCCUCCGCCCAGCCAUCCUGACAUACGUGUUCGCUUUGAUGAUGAUCAGUAUCUGUAAGGAGUAUUGGCAAUUCAUGCUGGCUCAAGGCAUCCUACUUGGAAUAGCCUUGGGACUCUUGACUUUCCCGCCGUUAGGAGCCAUGUCUCAGUAUUUCGACAAGAAACGAGGCGCUGCAUUCGGUCUGGCGAUAUCCGGAUCAUCAAUUGGAGGCGUCGUCUUUCCGAUCGCUCUGUCCAAGAUGCUCAACGGUUCCUCUCUAGGGUUCGGCUGGUCGGUGCGAAUCAUGGCCUUCGUGCUGCUGCCGCUGAUGGCGUUUGCCUGCAUAUUUGUCAAGCCUCGCCUGCCGCCACGGACAACCACUUUCUUCAUCUGGAGGGCUUUUCAACAAGCCAAUUUCCUGCUGAUGAUAGCAGCCCUCUUUUUCAUGUUCAUCGGCAUGUGGACGCCUCUCUUCUAUCUACCAUCAUACGCAGUUUCGAAAGGCAUGGACCCGACCCUGGCUUCCUACCUGCUGGCAAUCCUCAACGGUGCUUCUACAUUUGGUCGCAUCAUUCCCGGCAUACUCGCAGACAAACUUGGAAGGUUAAAUAUGUUUGCAGCAGGCGGCCUCUCGACAGGUGUCUUGAUCUUUUUCCUGACAAAGGCCAGCAGUACCGCAGGGUUGGUGGUGUACGCGAUGUUCGUGGGCUUUGUUUCGGGAACCAUCGUUUCGGGAGCUACAGCAGCCUUCACUCUUUGCACAACCAAUCCUCAGGAGUUGGGUACUUUCAUGGGUCAAGGUCUGGCCAUAGGAUCACUCGCAUCUUUGAUCGGUCCUCCGGUCAACGGUGCCCUUGUCAAGCAUUUUGGAGGAUAUUGGGAGGCAUCCAUCUUCAGUGGAGCCAUGUGUCUCGUGGGUGGUUGCAUUGCUUUUGCCAGCAAGGCUACAACAGCAAAAGGACUCAUGGGGAAGGUCUGA